AUGAACGGAGAUGUACGCGACUGGGUACGCACACCCUGCCAACGUGCAAAAAAGUCCACAAGUACCCUGUUGCCCAACCCGCCAGUUCUUCAGUCUGACCAUCGUUUCGACAUUGUUCACAUAGACGUCGUUGGACCACUACCACCGUGUGACGGAUUUCGCUGCCUGCUCACAGCUGUCGACAGGUGCCUCUUUAACGCAAGCUUGAAUGAGUCAGAAGAAAUUGAAUUCAGUGCGAGGAACCCUACGUACAAAGACAUCCUAGCAAAAGACCUGGUCAUGAACAUUUACCGUGACGGCCAGUGGGGAUCCUUCAGACACACGAGCCCAGCGAAACGUGGUUCUCCGAAAAUUCGAACGGAGUUUGCGUGCCUCGACAUAGAGACCACUGGCGACUUGUCAAGCCUGCAGUGGUACGUGUCACCCCUGAGCUAUGCACUUCCUUCCAUUUCCGCUAACAAGAACAUCUGUACGGUCUACUACGCUGCGCUCAACUUCCGCGACGUCAUGCUCACCACUGGGAAGCUUUCGUCUGAUACUUUGCCAGGUGAUUUUGCCACGUCUGACUUCCUCCUUGGCAUGGAAUUUUCUGGCCUCGACCACCGUGGGCGCAGGGUCAUGGGUGCUGUGCCAGCCCAGGGCUUGGCGACCGCCGUGGCUGUCGACCCAACUUUCUUGUGGGAAGUUCCAGAAACGUGGAGCCUUCAGCAAGCAGCCACCAUUCCGAUGGCGUAUGCCACAGCCUACUAUGCCCUCCUGGUGCAUGGGCACAUGCGUCCUGGAGAGUCUGUGCUCAUUCAUUCCGGAAGUGGAGGAGUCGGACAGGCGGCCAUUUCCAUCGCGAUUUCGAUGGGAUGCACCGUAUUCACCACCGUUGGUUCAAAAGAAAAGGUAGAGUUCCUUCUUCGCCGAUACCCGCAGCUGGAAAGAAGAAAUAUCGCUCAUUCACGAGACUGCUCCUUUGAAAAGCUUGUGCUUCGAGAAACUAAAGGAAAAGGUGUGGACCUUGUGCUCAAUUCGCUGGCAGAAGACAAGCUCCAAGCCAGUGUUCGCUGCCUGGCAAUGCAUGGUCGCUUCCUUGAAAUAGGAAAAGUCGACUUGUCCAACGACUCCGCACUUGGAAUGUCUGUGUUCCUGAAAGGCGUGACAUUCCAGGGAGUGUUGGUGGAGCUUCUUCAUGGUGAUGACGUCAUUGCUGGGGAAGAAAGGCGUCGCGUUGCGGAGUACAUUCGUGCUGGCAUCACAUCGGGAGCUGUGAGACCACUCGACACCAUCCUCUUCUCACGUGACCAAGUCGAGGAUGCCUUCCGGUUUAUGGCCUCAGGAAAGCACAUAGGCAAAAUUGUGCUCGAGCUAGUUGACUGGUCGGCUGUCAUGGAUCCAUAA